AAAUGACCAAGAGCUAGGUUCUAUAUUUUGUCUAAAAAUUUACACAUUCGUCUUUCACGUUGGUUUGUUUACCAAGCGAUUACUUUCUAAUUAUACUUGCUGAUAUAUAUUUAUAGUUUUUGACAGAGUUAUAUUUUAUCGUAUAUGUUAAAAUUACUCUUAAAUUUCACUCUUUUGUUAAGUAAAUACUCUCAGUAAUAAAACACUGGUGUUUUUGUCAAUGCGAAAUUUUUCAUUUUUAGUGUAGAUAUAUAUGCAAUGGGUAUUCCUGAUGAAGAAGGCGUUGAUGAUAUUGAAGAUUUAGGACAAGUUAAGUUAUCAAGUCCUGUAAAUAAAGUGAGAAGGAAGAAUGAGCCCAAAGAAGAAAUUUUUGCAGACAGUAUAAUACCUGGAUCUCAGAAAGUUUAUGUAAAGACAUGGGGUUGUGCUCAUAAUAGCUCCGAUAGUGAAUACAUGGCUGGUUUAUUGGAUCAAGCAGGAUACAGUAUAACAGAUGAUUCUGAUCUUGGUGAUAUCUGGUUAUUAAAUAGUUGCACUGUAAAAAAUCCAGCAGAAGAUCACUUUCGUAAUGCUAUCGAGGAAGGGAGGAAAAAGAAUAAGCAAGUUAUUGUUGCUGGAUGUGUUUCUCAAGCUGCUCCCAAAACUCCUUAUUUACAAAGUCUGAGUAUGAUUGGUGUGCAGCAAAUUGAUCGUGUAGUUGAAGUUGUGGAAGAAACGCUUAAAGGUCAUUCUGUUCAACUACUUGGAAGUAAAAGAGCUUCUGGUAAAAAACUUGGUGGUGCAUCACUGCAGUUACCAAAAGUUAGAAGAAAUGAACUGAUAGAAAUUAUCCCUAUCAAUACUGGUUGUUUAAAUCAUUGCACAUACUGUAAAACAAAACAAGCUAGAGGGAACUUAGCUAGUUAUCCAAUUCAAGAAAUUGUUGAUCGUGCAAAGCAAGCAAUAGCAGAGGGUGUCAAAGAAAUUUGGAUAACUUCAGAAGAUACAGGUGCCUAUGGAAGAGAUAUAGGGGAAACACUGCCAAAAUUGCUUUAUCAAUUAGUAGAGGUAAUACCAGAUGACUGCAUGCUUCGGCUUGGAAUGACAAAUCCACCAUAUAUACUAGAGCAUUUAGAAGACAUGUCAAAAAUUUUGGCCCAUCCACGAGUGUAUUCUUUCCUGCAUGUCCCAGUUCAGUCAGGCAGUGAUUAUGUCUUGGGAGAAAUGAAACGAGAAUAUUGCAUAGAUGAUUUUAAAUUAGUUGUUGAAUUCCUAAGGAAAAGAGUUCCUGAUAUAACUAUUGCUACUGAUAUCAUUUGUGGCUUUCCAACAGAAACACCAGAGGAUUUCCAGGAGACAUUAAAUUUAGUGAAACAAUACCAUUUUCCAGUUUUAUAUAUCAACCAGUUUUUUCCCAGACCUGGCACUCCAGCUGCAAAAAUGAAAAAAAUUCCUGGACAAGAGGUGAAACAGAGAACUAAAACCUUGAGUGAUUACUUCCAAUCUUACACAUGUUAUGACAAGAAUGUCGGUUGUACCCAAAAAGUUUUAGUCACAGAAGUAUCUCACGAUGGAGAACACUAUGUUGGGCAUAACAAAUGCUAUGAACAGGUAUUAGUUCCUAAAGAAGAACAGUAUCUUGGAAAAUUCAUAACAGUUAAAAUAGUGAAAGCAGGGAAACACUACAUGAUUGGACAACCAGUAUCUUCCACAAACAGUGAAGAUUUUUAUAAAGUUGCAAUUAGAAACAUUAUAUUGUUCUCAGUGAUAAUUUUAAUAAUUGAACUUCUUAUAAAGUUAUUACAGAAUAAAAUAUUUUAACUUAUUUA